AUGACCGAUUCCGCUUUACAGCCCGUCGAUGGAAAGUACCGCUGUCCGCAUUGCGACGCGAUCAACUUCACGGCAGUCCCUCCACCCGAGGUGUUGAGAUGUUGGUUAUGUACAAAUUCCAUUCCUCGCGAAGACAUGCUCGAGGUGGUCCCCCGAAAAGAGACUUCACUGAGCCAGGGGACCGUCUUUGGCCUCACGACACUCAUGCUAGUGGUUACGCUCAUCGCUGUGAGCUUUGGGUUGAUUCGUAGCAUGCCUGGGUUAGGGGUGAUCUUUCUCUUCCUACUCACGCCCGCACUAGUGCGGGCGCAGAUCAAGACCCGACGCGAGAGUCAAGCACAUGGCCAAAUGACCAGGUGGGAGGAAAUCAAGUCGUUCUCCACCUCGUUCGCCGCGACCCUGGGCGUGUUGGUCUUGGUGUCUGAAAUAUUCAUGGCGUUGCGCGACUACACGUUCAUCGGAACAACCGAAAGUCUGUGCCCCGAGUGCCUGGCACUGGUGCCAGCGAAAGUCGUCACCCGCGGUAAACGGGUCUACUUUCGCAAGCGUUGCCCCACGCACGGUGUUCGCGAAGACUUUGUUUGCUCCGAUGUGGCCCAUUACGAUCGCCACGAGUUCAGCGUGCCGGGACGCAAGUCGGAACUCUAUGGCACGCAGCCCGAGAAAGGCUGCCCGUUCGAUUGCGGACUCUGCACCGAGCACGAACAACACACCUGCGUGGGCCUGGUGGAAAUCACCGCUUCGUGCAAUCUCACUUGCCCCAUGUGCUACGCCGGCAGUGGCCCCGGCGGCGAGCAUCUGAGCCUGGAAGAGUGCACCCGUGCGAUCGAUCGACUAGUCGCUGCCGAGGGACGUCCCGAGGUGCUCCAACUUUCCGGGGGCGAGCCCACGCUGCAUCCGCAGUUUGCCGAGGUGUUCGAGUACGCCUGUGCUCAGCCAAUCGACAUCGUGAUGAUCAACACCAAUGGCAUUCGCCUGGCCAACGACACAGCACUGCUCGACCUGCUGGCUGCUGAGCGGCAUCGCACCGAAAUCUACUUCCAGUUCGACGGCUUCCGCGAAUCGACCAGCCAACACCUGCGGGGAGAAUCGAUUGUUGAUGCCAAACUCCGUGCGAUCGAAAAACUUGGGCAACGCGGGCUCCGCACCACGCUGGUCACCACCCUGCAGGGCGACUUGAACCUGGACGAAGUCGGCCCGAUCACGCAGUUCGCACUCGAGCGACCUUGGAUCACCGGCGUCAGCUUCCAACCGGCCACCUAUUCCGGCCGUUGGGUUUCACCCAAGACGCUGGAACGCCGCGUCACCUUCCCCGAUGUAAUCGAAGCCCUCGUCGAGCAGUGCGAUGGGCUCUUCGAGACAGGCGACUUCAUGCCGCUUCCCUGUGCUCAUCCCAAUUGCCACACGCUCAGCUAUGUCUAUCGUGGCACCGGUCGCCCCACGCCCGUAGCCCGAUUCAUCAACGCCGCCGAACAUCUCGACCUACUGGCCAACGGAAUCACAUUCAAUCGCACCCGCGCCCGCGAGCUGAUCGAAACCUACCUGGGCCGGCAAGGCUGCUGCGUCGGGGGGAAUUGCGUACCCGGCGACUCACAACCGCAGAACGAUACCGUGCUGCCGGUGAUCACCACCGCCGGAGCAGGGCAGGGGGGGCUCGACCGCGAAUCGGAAGAGUUCUUUGCCCGGGCGUUGGCCGAGCAACUCGACCCCGAAGACGUCUUCCGCAUCACCAUCACCUCGUUCCUCGAUGCCUACAACUUCGAUGUCCGUCGGGUGAUGAAGUGUUGCAUCCAUCAUGUGUUGCCCAGUGGUCACAUCAUUCCGUUCUGUGCCUACAACGUGCUGUACCGCGAAGGCGAACGAAGCACACAACCCCUCACUCGUAAACGCCAACCCCGAAUGAGCGACGCCAUGAACUGGGCAUACGUUGGCGUCAUGGUCUCAGCGGUGCUGGUUGGCAUCGUUAUCAGCCGCUGGACGCAACAACCGUUGGGGCUCAGUGUCGGCGAACGCUUCGGCAUCACCGUGGGGGCCUUCUGCGGGGCCAUGCUUGGGGCGAAGUUGCCCUUCGCCAUGGAGAACUGGCAAUCGUUUCUCGAAGGCGGGUUGUGGUACGCCUCGGGUAAGACCAUCGUGUUAGGUCUGGUCGGCGGUUACUUGGGCGUCGAAGUGGCCAAGUGGUCGCUCGAUGUCCGCGUGAAGACCGGCGAUAGCUUCGCCGUGCCCGUCGCCGCCGCGAUUGCCGUCGGGCGUUUCGGCUGCUUCGUCGGCGGGUGUUGCUAUGGAACCCCUACCAACUUGCCCUGGGGCGUGAAGUUCGCCGACGGGGUCGCUCGCCACCCAACGCAACUUUACGAAGCCGCCUUUCACGCCACGGCCGCCGUGGUGCUGUACGCGUUGUGGCGCAAAAAGAUAUUCCCCGGCCAGCUCAUCAAGCUCUACAUCCUGGCCUAUCUCGUCUAUCGCUUCACUACCGAAUGGAUUCGCCCCGAGCCCCACAUGUGGCUCGGCCUGACCGGAUACCAAUGGGCCGCCGCCGUUUGCGUACCCCUGUUCGUCUGGCUCUGGAUUCGCGAUGCCCGACGGAUGACCUAUGCCCGCUGGGAAACUUCUGCCCGCGCGUGA